UCUUUGUUCCGGCCCAUCUUUCCCCCGUUUCUCGUGCCCUACUUGGCUUUGGCGGAAGUAAACUUAUCCCAAGACUUUGCAGGUUAGUUGAAGAAGAUGGGGAAGAAGAUACAGAAGCAUUGUGUGGAGGAUUUCAGAACCAUGUUACUUCAAAUGAAGAAGCAAGAGAAGGAUCUUAGGCUCAAAAGAAGGUGGUUAUCGGGUAUAAUUUUAUCACGAUCAGAGACGAGUCGACUAGAGUUGCUUCUUCCACCACACGUCAAGUUUGUACCUGAAUCACUUCUUAGAGAAGAUGAUUUAAGUUAUGAGAGCAUCAAAACAUUUGUUGAAGAGGCACUCGAAAUGCGUAAAGAGACUGAAAAGAAAAAAUAUGUGGUUGAAAAAGAAAUACGACUCUUUGACUCACCUGAUAAGGAUAUAAUAAUAAAGUAUAGCAUCUCCUUGCUAGAUGAAAUGACCAACAAAGGGCUAUUUUCUCUUACUGAGAUUUUGACAAAUGGCUCUUUUAACUUCCUCAAAACAAAAAAGAAGAUGAAAAAUAUAAUCCAAGAGUUUCUACCUAGACUUUUUGAAUCCCGUGAUGACCAAAGCCAAAUCAAAUUGAAGCAACUCAAACAACUUCUUACAGAUCCUCAAUAUUUUUUGUCAAAUGAACCGGCUCUUUCAAAUCCAACCCAAUCAUUCCGUACAGCUAUUAUUGAUGUCCUUUCUAGGCUUGAGGAACUCUCUUGUUUCACACUAGAUGCAAUGCAUCGAAAUCUCAGAGAGGUCAAAGGAUACACUCCAAAAUUACAACACAAUAGAAGGCCUGGCAGGACUGUCGAGAGCUUGAUUAAAAAAAUAAGGAAAAAAUCAAUGGAAUUGUUGCAAAAAUUUGGGGAUGGAGAUGAACCACCAAGACCCUUGGCAAAAGCUUUAUCAGUUGCAUACUUGAUGUUAAAACCAGAAUUGAGAAAUUUUUUCUCUAAUGUUUCACCUGAUAUAGAGAAGCUACAAACUGAUAUUAUGAGUGCUAUUCAAUUGGUCAAAGCUAAAAGGAAAGUGAGUCCCAUAGAAGUGAAAAAAUGCAUACUUAUGCUCGACCCAGAGUUUAAAGAAAAAGCAUCAGGAAAAAAAAAUUGUGCGCGUACCACACUGAAGAAUUUGUUGACUGUAUAUCUUUUAGAGUGCUGCAAUAUCCACACUAUACCAGAACGUUUGCUAGAAACAGUUAGAUUUAUUAUUGAUAUAUCUGAGAAGAAAAGCACAUCCUGCACUGGCAAAAGUAGUGGGCGGGCGAUGAGAGCCCCGGCCUGGUCUCAUCCUAAAUGUGGAGCCUUGUCUGCGCCCAUGCCAACCUGCAGAACCUUUUCAGCCGAGGAGGUACAGGAAGAAGUACACCUGUUGCUGAAUUUGAGUGCUCAGGCUAAGCAGAUAGUGUGGGAUUUUCUUCCAGAAAACAAAUUUGACAAAGAUUUUGCUGAUGCAUACAUUGAUGAUGAUGAUGUCGAAGAGUGUUGCUAUGAUGGGGCAGAAGAUGGCUCUGAGGUUCAAGACUCCAUCUCAGGCCGUAUUAGAUAUUAUAGUGAUAACACUGAUGAUAUAAAUUGCCAAUCAGAAAGUGUUGGUGAAACCAUCCCGGUUGAUGAUUCCAAAUCACCAGUCUCUUCAAGUCCCGCUGAAAUGUUGACCCCACUUCUUUUUUCACCUAACAAAAAUAUUAGCCUCCAACAGGAUUGUGAAAAUGGGGAUGAAGCUCAUUCUCAUAAUUCAAGGUUAUUAAGCGCUCAUGGACUUCCCAAAAUUUCGUCUUGUAAUGGAGGGUCAGAAAAAUAUGAUUAUGGAUCGGAAGAAUCAAAAGCACAACUGGGAUUCAUGCAAAAGUUUCAUGCAUCUCCUAAUUGCUUUUUAGCUGAAGCUACUGGUAUAGUGUUAAAUAAUGAUGAGAAAAAUGGGUUGGUGGAGAAUGCGUACCUCAGUAUCCAAGAAGCGUGUGAUGAAACAAGCAUGUUUGCUUAUUCAUUUGUUGGCCAUGUCUUGAAUGGAUUACAGAUGGCCCCGCAUGCUAAUGCAUCAGAUCCCACGGGGACUGUGUGUGAAGAUGAUGUGGGCUCCAUUGUGAUGAAUGCACUUGAACUUCUAGUGCCUUCAUUUCCUAUCAGAGGUAAAGAGGAAUUGAGAGUGUUCAUGGGUCUAUAGGGAGGGAGUGAAUUAAUCGCCCGUGCAGAAGCAGCAAGUAGAGAACAAGUUAUAUUCAAAUAGGUUUGUAUAGGUUAUAAUGUCUUCACGAAUGGAUUAUCUUUUUAUUUAUCAUCAUGUGUGAUUGUGAAUUUGUGAUUGAUUGGCGCUAUAGAACUAACAGAUGUUCGAUUUUUUAUCAUGCGCUGUUUGGAGUAAAAUGCAUCUUUCUUUCUUUGUUGCUUA